AGAGUCACAGAGCUCAGGCUCCAUUCCAUGGUGUACCCAGAAUAUAGUGACCUCAUCGUCUCUUCACCUCGCAGGUGCACAAUCACCAUAGACCCACAGGGGAGGAUGCAGAUCACCAUGAGCUCCCGUUGCAAUGCUGGAAUGGGUUCCCUAGGGAGGUGGUGGAAUCUCCUUCCUUAGAGGUUUUUAAGGUCAGGCUUGACAAAGCCCUGGCUGGGAUGAUUUAGUUGGGUUUGGUCCUGCUUUGAGCAGGGGGUUGGACUAGAUGUACUCCUGAGGUCCCUUCCAACCCUGAUAUUCUAUGAUUCUAUGCUAUAGCUAAGAUGGCGGAUGUAUCCUUGAAUGCAUUAACAACAGAUUGUCAAGUAGGGAGGUGAUUUUUACCUCUGUAUACAGCAUUAGUGAGUCUGUUACUGGAUACUGUGUCCAGUUUUGGUGUCCAUACUGCUAAAAGGAUGUUGAUAAACUGGAGAAGGUUCAGAGAAGAGCCAUGAAAAUGACUGAAGGAUCAGAAAAUGUACCAUACAGUGAGAGAAUCGAGGAGCUCAGUCUAUUUAGUUUAACAAAGAGAAGGGCAUGACUUGAUCAGUCAAUAUGUACCUACACAAGGCAGAGAAAUUGGAUAAUGGGGGCUCAUCAAUAUAGCUAACAAAGGUAUAACAAGAUCCAUUGGCUAGAACUUAAAGCUGGACAGGUUUAGACUAGAAACCAGGUGCAAAUUUUUAAACAGUGAGGAGAACAACUUAUAAGGGUUUUGGUGGAUUCUCCAUUGCUCCAAAUUUUUAAUCAAGAUAGGAUGUUUUUCUGAGCAUUAUCCUCUAGUUUGAACAGGAUUUAAUUCAGGGCAGGUCUCUGGCCUAUGCUUUGCAGGAGGUCAGACAAGAUGAUCACAAUGGUCCCUUCUGGCGCUAUAAUCUGUGACUCCUGGCCUGGGCACAGCAGACCAAGUUCUCAUAGUAUCUGGCCCUACUCAAAGAUCAUCUGUUCAUUGUCCCCUGAGUUGAGAUCUCUUGUGCCAGCAAGAUGGCAGAAACCCUCAGCUCUGACUUACGCUGCUCCAUCUUUAUGCUACAAAAUGGAGCUGGGGUAGAAAGAUUGCUCUGUGCAGUAGCUGGGGCUGUUUCUUAUCUGGGUCCAUUUGACUUAGCCUUGUCUCUGAUGCUGUCAAAGCUGCUCCUGGCUGUAGCUAAGGUCUCCUUAGAAGUUAUUUCUGCCUAUCCUGUCCCUGUGAGUGGUGUUUCUCUAUCUCCCGCUAAUACACAUUUUGCUCUUACUGCUUAUACCAUUAUAUUUUACACGGGACUGAGGCUGGAUUCCCCCACCAAUAAUGGCCAGCAUCUCUGCUCUGCCUUGUGGAACUCAACAGACUUUUGUUUUCAGCCAUGUUCUGGCACGGGGCCUCCCCAAUUCCCUGCUGGUUUUGCCUGUAGGGAAGGGAGGUUUGGCCGUAACUGCCAGGAAAAGUGCAACAAUGACCAGGGCUGCAAGGGGCUGAGCUUCUGCCUGCCAGAUCCAUACGGCUGUUCCUGCGCUUCUGGAUGGAGUGGCUCACAGUGCAGCACAGCCUGCCCUCUUGGACACUACGGCGCAGACUGUGCCCUGGAGUGUCACUGCCAAAAUGGAGGCACCUGCAACCGCUUCAGUGGCUGCAUUUGCCCAUCAGGAUCACACGGGGAUCGCUGUGAGAAAUCAGAUCGGAUUCCCCAGAUCAUCAACCUGGAUGCAGAGCUGGAGUUUAACCUGGGUUCCCAGCCUGUGAUCAGCUGUAUGGCCACGGGCAACCCGCCCCCAGUGCGAGACAGCAUCGAGCUGCGCAAGGCUGACGGGACAGUGCUCACGUCAAUUAAAGCCAUCAUGGAAACAGACAAAACCACCUCUGAGUUCCUGGUGCCAAUGCUCACCAAGGCAGACACAGGCCUCUGGGAGUGCAGAGUUUCUACCAGCGGGGGACAGGACAGCAAGAGAGUCAAGGUCAAUGUCAAAGUCCCUCCAGUGCCACUGAGGCCCCCCCGGCUGCUGGCCAAGCAGAGUCGGCAGCUUGUGGUUUCCCCAGUGGAUGGAUUCUCUGGUGACGGCCCAGUCACCUCCAUCAAACUGCUCUACAAGCCCAAGGACAACACCUCACCUUGGUCAUCCAUUGUGGUUGACAACAGUGAAAACAUCACACUCAUGAACCUACGGCCAGUCACGGCCUACCUGGUCAAGGUGCAGCUGACUCGCCCUGGUGACAAAGGGGAAGGUGCCAUGGGGCCGCAGGCGGUCAUGGUGACAGAGUGUCAAGAACCCACAGCUAAGCCUGUGAUCGAAGGCUGGUCCGUAGAGGGGAAGAACACGCUUCAUGUUAAUUGGAACUUGCCAAAUAACUACGAGCCAGCAAAUGGGUUCGUUGUACGUCUCUUGGACUCAGCAAAAGUGCUUGUCCGUGAGAUUAAUAUAACCUCCAUGUUUGUGCACUCUGCCCGCAUCCCUAACCUGGAGUUCAACAAGGAGUAUGGCUUGGAAGUGUUGGUCUAUCACUGCACCAGCCUGGGCCCUCCAUCUGACCUCUACAAGGUCAUGAUCAACAGCAAAGGCCCAUCCUCCCCCAGGUCUCUCCACGCAGAGCCCCUCACGGAUACUAGCGUCAAACUCACCUGGCAGGCCCCUGAGUAUCCCAACGGGGGUGUCAGUAAGUACAUUGUGGAGCUGCAGCAGCUGGGUGGGGCCAGUGAGCCUCAGUGGGUUGACACGGACAGCGGUGGGGAGACCACGAAGACCAUCCUGGGCCUCAACGCCAGCACAUGGUACCAGUUCCGGGUCCGAGCGAACUCCCAUGUGCCUGGGGAGUGGAGUGAGCCUGUGAAGGCGGAGACCCUGGGGGACGAUGCCUUGAGUGAGGUGCCCAGACUGAAAAGCCAGGACAUGCAGCCCUCGGGAAUAGACCAGCAGCUGCUCCUGGCCAUCAUCGGCUCCGUGUCUGUCACCUGCCUCACCAUCCUUUUUGCCCUCUUGGCACUUUUCCUUAUCAAGAAGAAUUUUUUUCACCGGCGCCGGACCUUCACCUACCAGUCUGGCUCAGGGGAAGAGACCAUCCUGCAGUUCAACUCAGGGACCCUGACCCUGACCCGCCGGCCAAAGCCCCAGCCUGAGCCCCUCAGCUACCCUAUCCUGGAGUGGGAGGACAUCAAAUUUGAGGAUAUGAUUGGAGAGGGGAACUUCGGGCAGGUCAUCAGGGCAAUGAUCAAAAAGGACGGCCUGAAAAUGAAUGCAGCCAUCAAGAUGCUGAAAGAGUUCGCCUCAGAGAAUGACCACCGGGACUUUGCGGGGGAACUGGAGGUGCUGUGCAAACUGGGGCAUCACCCCAAUAUCAUCAACCUGCUGGGAGCCUGUGAGAACAAAGGCUACCUGUACAUUGCUAUUGAGUACGCUCCCUAUGGGAACCUGCUCGAUUUCCUCCGGAAAAGCCGAGUCCUAGAGACUGACCCGGCCUUCGCGAAGGAGCAUGGGACAGCAUCUACCCUCACGUCCCAGCAGCUCCUCCAGUUUGCUUCCGACGUGGCCAAGGGAAUGCAGUAUCUAAGCGAGAAGCAGUUCAUUCACAGGGACCUGGCAGCCAGGAACAUUCUGGUGGGGGAGAACCUGGCUUCCAAGAUCGCUGACUUUGGCCUCUCCCGAGGGGAGGAGGUCUACGUGAAGAAAACCAUGGGCCGCCUGCCAGUUCGCUGGAUGGCCAUCGAGUCCCUGAACUACAGCGUAUAUACCACCAAGAGCGAUGUGUGGUCCUUUGGGGUGCUGUUGUGGGAGAUUGUCAGCCUGGGAGGAACUCCUUACUGCGGGAUGACGUGUGCCGAGCUCUACGAGAAACUGCCGCAGGGAUAUCGUAUGGAGAAGCCCCGCAACUGUGAUGACGAGGUGUAUGAGCUGAUGAAGCAGUGCUGGCGAGACCGCCCCUACGAGCGCCCGCCCUUCGCUCAGAUCUCCAUGCAACUUAUCCGGAUGCUGGAGGCCAGGAAGGCCUAUGUGAACAUGGCCUUAUUCGAGAACUUCACCUACGCUGGCAUCGAUGCCACAGCGGAGGAGGCCUGAGGGCGAGUGGAGCACCGCGCCGGGAGCCCUGUAAAUAACGCACCCCGACUUGCCGCACUUGGACGCCAGCUGGUCUAGGCCAGGGGAGGGACAUGGCCUCUGCCCUGUGUGGGGCAUGCUGUAAACGGCCUGCUCCAGUGUGGAGAUGAGGAACUGCCCUUUGUCCUGGAGCAGGAACUUGCCUGGGGGCAGUUUCUGGCUAACAUGAUACCCCCAUAUUCUUCAGCCAGGUUCCUGGCUGAACUGCAGCUUCUGCCCCUCCGUCCACUCAGGCCGGACUGCCCUGCGCUUGCUGCCCUCUCUGCCGGUCUCUGCAGUGCAGCGUUACACCAGUGGCAGGGCCAGACAAUGGGCCAGGCUCUCCCUGUCUCGUGCCCCUCCCCACUCUCCUAAUCCUUGCUGCAGCUAGGUGCUGUGCGUGGCCGAGAUCACAGGCAGGGAGGCCUGUCUCCCCGUGAGCCCGUGGACACGGGGCCUUCUCUGAAGCUGGAGGAUGUGACACCAGCCCCUUGCUGCCCUAAGAGAGGCACAAAGACUUGUCCUGGGUAAAGGACAGACUUGGAAACAGCCCCAAAUGUAGAGCCCUUGUCCCCCACCUCCGGCCUUGGUGUUUCGUGUGUGGCUGCUCGGCUUCUCUGCUGGCCGUGGGCUCUUGGAACUGACUGGCACCAUGCGGCCAGCGUACUGGCACGCAGAGCCGUGCGAACAUUGCUCCCGGAUGCUGGAGACCCUCUGGGACAGGGCUGAUUAGGGGAGUCCGAGAGGAAGGAUUCCAGCGCUUGCCUUUGGCACACCAUGGAGGAGUAAAAUAUUCCAGGCUUGGCCCCAGGCUUCUCUCUGACCUGCCAGAGACCAGUGGCUGACACGACUUGUGCUUUAUGGUUAAUAAAGGAAGUCUAAGGGACUGGCUGGCUCAGGGGUUUGGGGAAGGGGCCGGGGCCUUUCCUCUUUCUCUCUUUCAUAGAAACACAGAUUGUAAGUCUAGAAAGGUAACACGGCUACCCCUUUGAUACUUAGAUCGUUUAGUUUGACUUCCGCUAGGGGGCACUGGCUCCAAGCCAGCUCGAGUGGGGGAACUGGCUGGCUCAGGGAGCAGGGAAUGGGAUACUGGGUCUUGCACCACUGGUGCCUGUGUGUUCCCUGACCUGCCAUGAGGAUGUCAGUGUCCUGGGCUAUCUCAGGAGCACGGAAUUUGCCAGAUUCAAGCAUGGGCCCAUCGCUCCCAGAAUGCUGGCUAGGGUAUGGCUUAUGCCCUUUUCUUCAGGGGCAAGCAAACUAAUUAAAGAAACCCUCCUUGCACUGGGAUAUUGGGCCAUGCUGAAUAGCAAUGGAAUUCCCUCCUGAACUCUAAGGAGACAACUGGUGCUCUGGUACAUGAGAAUGGAUUCCCCUGAGGUCAGCUUUCUGGUGAGUGCCCACAUUGUUGCUGAUCGUCUAGUUUUCUUGCCCACAUCCAGUCCAGUUGUGGUAUUUUCCUCCUGCAUGGCUGGCAGUGCAAAAGCCAAUUACAAUGUAUGAUUUGAAAAAACACAUUCUGCAGCACGUGUGUGCUCUGAGUGCAUGCCCUGUGAUCGGGGUGUUCUGGGUGUGAGCAGCCAGGGAACCCAGAGCUGGGCUUGUGUGCCCGCUGGGCAUGGGCUCUGGGUGGGGUGUGAGGCAGCGCAGAGGUGCAGCUGUAUCCUGGUGCUCUGCACAGGCCCUCUGGCUCUGCUCGCUCUCUCUCACUCUCUGGGAAGAUGGUGUGGAGCACAUGCCUGGCCUCACAGUCGCUAGGCUUGGCCUUAGGCGCCUGGCGGGAGCUCAGUACAUUUGGAGCAAGCAGUUGCCUGGGGCUGGUGGCACCUGUCUGCACAGUUGAAUAUCGCCAUCUUGCUGAGCCUGUACAGGUGGUGGAUACAGGAUGUGUUAGGAGGGGAUUUCUGUCCAGGCUGAGAUGACGUGAGGUGUGAAAUCUCCAAGGGACUAAACCAUGCAGCAUUCCUCUACGAGCCAGAGCUUCCUUUCACCAGUAACAUGCUGCAGCCCCGUCACCCUGUGUUGUCUUGAGUUAUUAAUAAAUGAAUAGCUGAGAGGUGUGUGCGCGCAUGCCCCUGACUGGUCUGGUGUGUGCAAAGAGCAGCUCACACAAUGGGUGUGUAGGGGGCAGCUAGUCCCAGAGUGCUGCCUGAGAGGGACCCAGUGUGCACCCUAGAGGCAGGAGUCCCUCCCGGGUGCACCCCCUCCUUACCCACCAUGCAGGGACUCAGGGUGUCUCGCAGCAGGGUUGUUUUUCUUCCUAUCCUGGCCUCCAUUCUCUCCUGUAGCCGCAAGGGCAGGACGUGCUGCCUAUCUGAUAGGAACAGACUCUAUUGGUGCCGUCACUGUCAGCGGCUGAGC